AUGUUCCGCAUCUUUAACUAUCCCCAACCUCAACCUCAUCUCUCAACCUCACCACCAACCCACCACAGCCCUAGUCCAAUCCCCGACUUCCGGGUUGAAAUCCCCUCAGAGCGCCUCCCUGGUAUCACCUACGACGACCUCCCCCUCCUCGGCGCACGCCCCAGCUCUUCAAUGCUCGAGUACCAUCAACUGCCCGUCCUCAGACACUUAGACUGGCGCAUUGACGACGAAACCGGCGAGCCCCUCCGUCGCCCGCUCAAGGACGUCGUAUCAUUGACUGCGGCGUUCGCGCAGACUCGGGGAUGCGAGCCGUUGGAGCCGUGCGUUCAUUGCCGGGUGGGUAAGAGCGUGUGGAAGACGUGCGUGGUGGGGUUCGAUACGAGGGAGGGAAUGGGUGUGCAUGGCGCUUGUGCGGCGUGUCGGUUUAGUAGGAGGGGGUGUAGUCUUAAUACUCAGCUUGAGGAACCUGAGACGCCGAGUCGGGUGAAGGAUGAGAUGGAGAGUGAAGGCGGAGCUGGAGCUGGGCCUAUGACUCCGCCGCCGUCUGGUUCCAGGAGGUAUUUGACUGCUGUGCCUGUUGCUGCCGCUGCUGGUCGCGGUCGCGGUCGUGGUGGUAGUCGGAGACGAGGGAACAGAUUUACUCGGCAGAGACCGUACAAUCUGAGACCGAGGAUUGCGACACCGACUCCUAGCAGAAGCGAUAUGAGCUAUACCAGUCAUUUAAAGCGUGAUUCAGACCGGCGAAUCAAAUCAGAAAGAAACGAUCUGCUCACCUCCUCACCCGGUACUUCUCGCCUUGAUGGGAGUAUUCUUCCCUUCCCGCUGGGACCAGAGACGAUCGAUGACUUGCCGUUCUUGAGACAGGCUGUUACAGAGAUGGAGAUGCAUUUGGGGACCUUGAGGAGGAGGGUGAGGCAGUUGGAGGAUCGGGACAGAAUCAGGGAUGAUAGUAUUAAUCCGUGGGAGUUGGUGUGA